AUGGGUUCGCUACAGUCGUGGGUUUCCAACCACAAGCUCGCCGGCGCUGGUAAGCAGCCAUCUGUCGUCAGAAUAGGCCUCAGCACAAGUCGCCGUAAGUCCAUUCACCUGUAUCCUCUGUCCUCGAGUGUCUCAGGCGCUGUCUUCGCUUCCGCCGUAGGGGCGUCGCUGGUGUACGCGCGCGGCCGGGGGGCGCUUUCAGGCCCGUCGCUGCGCCGCCGCACGCCAGGUAGGCGAUCUCUACUACGCCGCUCAGUUCACCGUGGCACACAAAUGACACUGCGGUUUAUUUCUUCUGUACAGGGCCGGCGCGCUGGUUUUGGCCUUCGCGGCACUCACCGGUGCAGCGCUCAGGCAGUACUACGACGUCAUGGACGACGUGCUGGAGCACGUGGGGGACGCGCCGGCGACCGUGCCGGAGGGAUUCUUCGACCCCGUGGCCGACUGGUAG